CAGGCUCAAUUAUAAGUUACAAACUAGCAAAUGAAACAUAUAGCUGAUUGAGUAGAUGGCUGCAGAUGCUGGAAAUGUAUACGUUAACAUGGAAGAAGAAAGCCAUGCUGCCGGAAAUAGAAUACAACCUAUGUCUAUUGCUCCCGCACCAGCACAGUGGACUGCUGAUGAAAAGAAACAAUCAUCUUUCAGCCUGAGCGAAAGGCUAGGCUUGGACGAGUUUCUCUCCUUAAAUGUCUGGAGAGCAUCUGUAGGGGAACUUCUUGGCUCAGCCGUUUUGGUCUUCAUGAUUGACACCAUAGUCAUAUCAACCAUCGAGACAGAUGUGAAAAUGCCAAACCUGAUUUUAUCAAUUCUCGUGGCCAUUAUCAUUGCGAUUCUUCUACUAGCCGUGCAUCCAGUUUCUGGAGGCCACAUAAACCCCAUCAUCUCAUUCUCCGCGGCAUUAGUCGGGCUUAUAUCAAUGUCGCGCGCCAUAAUCUAUAUCAUCGCUCAAUGUGCGGGCGGCGUGCUAGGGGCACUAGCACUUAAAGCGGUGGUUAGCAGUAACAUCGAAAGAACCUUCUCACUGGGAGGUUGCACCCUCACCGUAAUAGCACCGGGUCCCCAAGGGCCAGUGACAAUAGGCCUGGAGACUGCCCAGGCGUUUUGGCUGGAGGUCUUUUGUAGCUUCGUGUUCUUGUUCGCUUCAGUCUGGAUGGCAUACGACCAUCGUCAGAGAAACUCCAUUGGCCUGAUUCCUGUUUUCUCAAUCAUCGGAAUCGUGCUGGGUCUUCUGGUGUUUGUAUCGACGACAGUCACUGCUACUAAGGGUUAUGCGGGCGCAGGGAUGAACCCUGCUAGGUGUUUCGGCGCAGCAGUUGUUAGAGGAGGCCACCUGUGGGAGGAGCACUGGAUAUUCUGGGCAGGGCCUGCUGUAGCUUGUUUUGCAUUCUACGUUUACACGCGGAUCAUUCCUAAUAAUCAUUUUCAUGCAGAAGGGUUCAAGCAUGAUUUCUUUGGCAUCCUAAGGACUAUUAGCAGGCUGGAACGUUAAACAUGGUAGAAAUUUACCAGGAUGGAGUUGUUGCCUUAGCCUAUAGCUAAAAAGGGGAAGACGAUGUAUGAUACUUUCCUAUAUAUACGUGAUUGUGAUCGGUGAUCAUAUUCGUACUAACAAGCUAGACUUUCUGUAUUUCGAUGGAGAAUGUCUUCUAUGAUAGUAAACCCUUGUAUGGUAUUUACUUCCAAUCGUGUCAAGUGUAAACGGAUGUUGUUCCCAAGGGAACAGAUUAUGAAUGUCAAACUUCCUAUCCCGUCGGGUGUAAACUGAUGCUGUUCCCAAGAGAACAGAUUAUGAAUGUCAACUAUUGAGGUGUGGAUGUAAAUGUUGCCAUGCCUGCCGAAA